AUGGCUUCUAAUGAAGGGAACGUGGCUGCUUUGGAGGUGAAUGAAGAUGCUGAUAACGUCGAGACCGUGACCACAUCGACGCCGCCAACGACGACGACCACCACCACCGUAGCAGUGCCUGAAACCACCACUGCUACCGAGAACAUUCCUACUCCAUCAGCGUCCGCAGAACCCGCCGCCGAAAUAGAAGCGCCCAAGGAAAAGGAGAAUGGAGAGGAAUUAUCAAACUUCCAAGCUGCUACCGCUACCAGUGCCACUACUACUGCUCCUCCUGCCGUCGCAUCGACCGCAGAAGACAUCCCUGCAGCCAUACAACCAACCAGCAUCUCAACCGACGGCCCCAAAAGCGAAGGUCCCGAGGCAGUCAACAUAACAGAACGCGAAUCUUCCGAUCAAACACAGCUCGUAAAGGAGACAGCCGAAGAAGCAGGUCCAGAGCUCGUGAUUACAUUAUUGCUGACAACCGGGGCAAGACAUCCGUUCAAAAUCGAUAAGAAAUAUUUGAAGAGACGGAGUGUCAAGGUUGAGAAUGAUGAUCCGUUUAAUAUGAGUGUGUACACAUUGAAGGAGUUGAUAUGGAGGGAGUGGCGGUCUGAAUGGGAACCGCAACCAUCGUCACCUAGUUCCAUUCGACUUAUUUCCUUCGGGAAAUUGUUAGAUGAUAAGUCUCCGCUUUCAGAGUCGAGCCUCACUCACGAUGCACCAAACGUGAUUCACAUGACCGUUAAACCGCAAGAAGUUGUGGACGAAGAAGACGCUAAAGGAGGCAAAUCAUAUUCCACAAGAGACCGGGAGACGACCGAUCGCAGUCCUGGUUGCCGAUGCGUUAUCAUUUAA